AUGCCCAUAGAAGGCCGAAUACCUACAAGAGAACUAGUAGACCUCACAACACACUGUGAGGACAACGACAUAGAUCUAAUUAUCUCUGUCGAUAGCAACGCACAUCACAACCUGUGGGGAUGCACAGCCAACAACAAAAGAGGUGAGAAUCUCAUAGAUUUUCUACUAACAACCAACCUAACAAUCACUAACAAAGGCACUGAACCGACCUUCGUGUCGAGUAGGUACCAAACCAUAAUCGAUCUAACCUUAGCGUCAACCAGAGCUGCAGACCAAGUAAAGAACUGGCACGUCAGCGACGAGCCUUCGCUCUCCGACCACAGGCGGAUAUGCUAUGAGCUAGAUCUGAUGAUAACCCAACACGCACCAAGGAGAAACCCAAGGAAAACCAACAGGAUAAUGUACAAAACCUUGCUAACGCAACGGAUAGGUACAAAAAAACCUAAAGACAUCGAUGACAUCAACAACAUCGAAGAAAACGUUAACAAACUAACGGAGUACAUUAAGACAAGUUAUGAACAAGCUUGCCCCCUGAAGAAAAUCAACACAAACCGACCGUCAAAAAACAGCUGGUGGGGCCCUGAUCUGGAAAGAAUGAGGAGAAACCUCAGACAUCUUUUCAACAGAGCAAAAAACACCAGACAAGAACAAGAUUGGGACAACUACAAGGAAGCCCAAUACAAGUACAACAAACGCGUCCGAGAAAAGGAACAAACCUCGUGGCAAAAGUUUUGUACAAGCAUAGAGUCGAACGACACUGCAGCUCGCAUACGUAAGAUUCUAGCAGACGACAACACUCGCACACUCGGUUCGCUGAAGAAAGCUGACGGAACGUACACCAAGGAUGACAAAGAGAUAAGCGAAACGCUUAUUGAAACGCAUUUCCCUGGCUGUAGAAUUGUAGAUUCAACAGACUGGAGCCUUGGGACGAUACAAGGCGCCAGGAACUAUACGCAGCUGGAUAAGAGCAUUAUUAGAACUAAGAAUCAUACAACUAGACAUCAAUGGAGUCACAAAAGGCAUAGUAGCGAGAGGCUGCCCUCAAGGAGGUGUCCUAUCACCAAUCUUGUGGAACCUUGUAGUUGA